CCUCUUCCUCUGCCUCACUCCCCACGCUCACUCCACUCUCCCAUUACCUGCAAACAAACCUGAAACAACAAAGAAGAAGAAGCAGCUCUCUGCAAUGCUCUGUUUCUCCAAAAACCAGAGCAUGGACCGCCACCUCCUCACUCUAUCUCUCCUCCUUCUCUCCGUUUUAUCAUCUCACGCAGAUGCAGCUUCUGUAGGAGUGAACUACGGCAGAAUCGCCGACAAUCUUCCGUCGGCGUAUAGGGUGAUGCAGCUUCUCAAGUCCCAGGGCUUGGAGCGGGUGAAGGUCUUCGACUCCGACCCGGCCGUGCUCCGAGCUCUCGCCGGAUCCAACAUCAAGGUCACCGUCGACGUCCCUAACGAGCUCCUCUCCUCCGUCGCCAAGUCCCAGUCCUUCGCCACCAACUGGGUCCAGCGAAACGUCGUCGCUUACCACCCCAACACUCAAAUCGAAGCCAUUGCGGUCGGCAACGAGGUCUUUGUCGACACCCACAACACCACCAAGUUCCUCAUGCCCGCCAUGAAAAACAUCCACACAGCUCUCAUCCACUUCGACAUCCACUCCGCCAUCAAAGUCUCCUCCCCCAUUGCCCUGAGCGCCCUUCAAAACUCCUAUCCUGCAUCCGCCGGGUCGUUCCGACCCGAACUCGUUGAAACCGUUUUCAAGCCAAUGCUCGAGUUCCUCCGUCAAACCGGGUCCUACCUCAUGGUCAACGCCUACCCUUAUUUCGCUUACGAGUCAAACGCCGACGUCAUCUCACUAGACUAUGCUCUCUUCCGUCAAAACCCUGGUGUAGUUGACGCCGGUAACGGUCUCCGUUACCUCAGCCUCUUCGACGCUCAGAUCGACGCCGUUUUUGCUGCCAUGUCGGCUUUAAAAUACGACGACAUUAACAUGGUAGUGUCCGAAACCGGCUGGCCUUCAAAGGGUGAUGAGAAUGAGGUAGGUGCUAGCUUGGAGAACGCUGCUGCUUACAACGGCAACCUCGUCCGCCGGAUCUUGACCGGUGGUGGGACCCCCCUGAGGCCGAAGGCAGAUUUGACCGUCUAUCUCUUCGCUCUGUUUAACGAGGACAGGAAAAACGGGCCCACAUCGGAGAGAAACUACGGCCUCUUCUUCCCCAACGAACGCAAAGUUUACGACAUACCGUUUACGGUUGAAGGGCUGAAGAACUACCACGACCACCGGUCGCCUGUCGCUGGAAACCAACACAUGACCGCACCGGUCAACGGGGGCGGAGACGUGUCGAAGAGUUUGACCGGGAACACGUGGUGCGUGGCGAAUGGUGAGGCGGGGAAGGAGAAGCUGCAGAGGGCUCUAGACUACGCUUGUGGUGAGGGCGGGGCAGACUGCCAUCAGAUCCAGCCAGGCUCCGCGUGUUACGAUCCUAACACACUGGAGGCCCACGCAUCGUACGCUUUCAACAGUUACUACCAAAAGAAGGCACGUGGGGUCGGCACGUGUUAUUUUGGCGGGGCGGCCUACGUGGUCUCUCAACCACCCAAGUACGGGAAAUGUGAGCUGCCCACUGGAUACUGAAGAAGGCAGGCAGGCAGGCAGGAGGAGGGUUUUAUUUAGUAAUUUUGGGGGCAAAGGGGUGUUAGCCUAAUUGUUGCUGAAGUAGGGUUUAUUAGUUUAAAAUGAAAUUCUUUGUGGUGGUUUCGUUUUGUAUGUAUUGUUGGGUAGUUUAGUAUGCUACUUUACUUUGUGUUUCAGACUAUUUAACUUUUGACUGUUAUGUUAAUAACUUUAUACUUAAUUAUCAAUCUCUGUUAUUUUUUAUUUUA